GUCCACUUGAACAGACAAUGCGUGGAAUCGCUGCUAGCCCAACUCUCCUUACAACCAGUCAUCCCGUGCUAUAAUGCUUUGAUGUUUUGGACGCUUGGAACUUGACCUGUGGCGUUUCUGCGCUUCUGGCGCGUCACAUUUAUUCAUCAUUAAAAUGCCUGUCAAAUCGAGGUUUACCCGCCUCGAUGCGUUCACCAAGACCGUGGAGGACGCUCGGGUACGGACCACGUCUGGUGGUGUUGUGACGAUUACCUCGAUUCUUCUCAUCUUAUACUUGAUCUGGGGAGAAUGGGCGGACUACCGCAGGAUACUGGUGCAGCCUGAGCUCAUCGUCGACAAGGGACGUGGAGAGAAGAUGGAAAUACAUCUCAACGUCACCUUCCCUCGAAUCCCGUGCGAACUUUUAACGCUCGACGUCAUGGACGUUUCCGGCGAACAACAGACAGGCGUUGUCCAUGGGGUGAACAAAGUCAGGCUAUCUCCCAGAGCAGAGGGAUCACGAGUCAUCGAUACCACGGCGCUACAACUACACCAGCAGGACAACGCCGUCCAUCUCGACCCGAAUUAUUGCGGCUCGUGUUACUCCGCCCCAGCGCCUCCGAAUGCUGCAAAGCCAGGGUGCUGCAACACUUGUGACGAGGUCCGAGAGGCUUACGCUCAAAAUAGCUGGUCAUUCGGGCGUGGAGAAGGUGUUGAGCAGUGUGAAAGAGAAGGUUAUGGCGAGCGGCUCCUAGCUCAACGAAACGAGGGAUGUCGGAUCGAAGGGGUUAUCCGUGUCAACAAGGUCGUCGGGAAUUUCCACAUCGCCCCCGGGCGCAGCUUCAGUAAUGGCAACAUGCACGUCCACGACCUCAACAACUACUUUGAAUCGCCUGUGGAAGGAGGCCACACCUUCACCCACGAGAUUCACUCGCUUCGCUUUGGGCCGCAGCUUGACGGAGAAGGGGCGCAAAAAUGGAGUGAUCAUCAUCACGCCGAUCCGCUCGACGCGAACCUCCAGGAGACUGACGAGGUGGCGUUCACCUACAUGUAUUUUAUCAAAGUGGUCUCGACUUCAUAUCUUCCCCUUGGCUGGGACGAAGACAGAUCGCUAAAGAAACACUCGAGCCUCGCGGACCUCAUUCCGCUGGGGAUGCAGGGCAAGGGUGCAGGCAGCCAAGGAUCGAUUGAGACGCAUCAGUACUCUGUCACGUCACAUAAGAGAUCAUUGGCGGGCGGCAACGAUGCUGCAGAGGGGCAUAAGGAACGGCUUCAUGCACACGGGGGCAUCCCGGGCGUCUUCUUCUCCUACGACAUCAGUCCCAUGAAGGUCAUCAAUCGUGAGGUGCGACCAAAGACUUUUGCCAGUUUCUUGACCGGAAUUUGUGCCGUCAUUGGAGGCACACUGACUGUCGCGGCUGCCAUCGAUCGCGGUUUGUACGAAGGGUCUACCAGAUUGAAGAAGUCGCACACCGGUUAAAGAUUAUGAGAUCAAAAGUGGUGCACCUUGUCUUUCUAUAGAAAUGAAGCAAUUUAGAAGCAGCCGCCAUCGAUCUUUCACGAUGGGAAGAAUCACUCCAUUGCGUUCUUGCUGCAUCUAGCAUGGGCGUCGUGGCAAAGAGCGUUGCAAGAAGAAGCCAUGUAACACUAGCACACGGGAGUUCUUGGAAGCCGUGGAGGGCUAGAAUCCCGUGCAAUGUACGCAUCGUAAGAAUAAGAGCAUGUGAAGGGAAAACCUAUAGCGUAUUGAAAGUCAG